AGUCAAGUCAAACACACACGUCGCCGAGCAUCAGCGCUACAAAACGGCGAAUCACACAAAAUCGCCAACUGCAAAUUACAAGAUAGAAGUAGUUGCCUGGGAUUUUUUUUUUUCGUAAAAUGGCAUCCCGUGGAGGACCAAGAGCUGUAGGUUCAGACGGCAGUGACUUUACGCACAGGGAACAAGUUGCGGUACGGUAUCAAACAAGCACACUACUCAAAUCCAAAGUGAGGGUAUGUGCCUACGUGAACCUCCUAGUCUCUUUGCCUCAAGCUGCCUACAUCGCAAACGCACAUCUCAACUACAUCCUACUUCCCCCAGUCAUCCAGCCAGGUUUCUACCACUACAUGAUCCUGUUGUCCUCUAUCUUCUCUCUUCUAUACAUCAUGGCGUUGCCUCGUAACAAGAAGCUCUUCAUUCAGCUAGGCAACCUAGGAACACUUCUCAUCGGCUUGGGCGGCGUGAUGGUCGGCCUCCUUGUACAGUUUCCGUCAAUUAAACAAUUCCUUGUAGCGGGGGAUUUCAAGAAGAUACUGCAGCCCGAUAUAUUUCUUGCUGUGACGUGGUACAUCGUGCUGAAGAUUAAGAUUAUUCUGUUCAUACAGACUAUUUAUUAUGCAAGAAAGUUACAGGCAACAUGGGACGCCAAGAAGACAAAAUAAUUUAGGAUGCGGGAAUACUGUUUCUUAGACUUUUAAUUUAAUUAUUUCCUUAAAGCUUGUAAACAAAGCCUCUUAUAAAAGCUCUUUCUUAACCUCUCUGAGUGGUUUACACACGUUUUGAUACUCCUAUGCACAUUCUGGCUGGCACCCCUAGUGCAGUGACUUGCUUAGUCACAAGUUUCUGCUUAAAUUGGAAUUAUGAGUUAUUUACCCACACCUGUGACGUCAUGCUAUUGUUAAAAUCAUAAUGGCGCGCAGCUUGGGCUUUAUCCUGUACAUAAACCACAAGGGAAAAUGACUGGGAAAAUUUCAAAUGAUUUGGGGCGGAACAAAUAAAAAUUUACUGGAGCGGGAUUUGAACCAACAACCUUCAGAUUGUGCUUCAAUCCGGUGGUCGUUGGUUGAAAUCCUGCUUUAUUGGUUGUUUUGUUGUUUUUCAACUUUCCCUCAAAUCAAUUCUUGAAUUUCUCAGGCUAUAGGUGCAGUUGCUGUGUAAAAAAUGGUUCAUGCAAGAUUUUGUACAGCAACCUGUGCAUUAUGAGCAAACCCAGGGGUGGAUUUCACAACAGAGUUUUGACUAGUCUUGUCUCAAGUUAGGGCAGGUUACUCGCCCUAACUUAGGACUAGCAUUAAGUUUUAAUAUCUCCUAUGACUGUUCCUAAGUUAGGACUAGUCCUAACUCUUUGUGAAAUCGACCACUGGUACCAUUUGCACAGUGCCAUACAUGUUAACAUCUCUUAUAUCGUUGCGGUACCCGCUGCCAAAACAUAGGAUUCAAACUGCCUGUCGAGCAACCUCGGU